AUGGAGGCUGAUCAGGAAUCGCCAGGCAAGGUGCGCAAGAAGACUGCCGCGCCGCACCGCAAGUCCUUGUCGUGCGAAUACUGCCAUCGCUCCUUUGCGCGGCUGGAGCAUCUCCAACGCCAUCUCCGCACGCACACCAAGGAAAAGCCCUUUUCAUGCGACAUCUGCUCCAAGUCGUUUGCCAGAAGUGAUCUUCUUGUCAGACAUGAACGUCUGGUACACCCGGCUGAAGCUGCUGCUCAUCGCGGCGAGCGCCGUGUUGCAAAUGACGCCCACGACAUUGCAUCCAGUCCGGCUUCUUCGAUGAUUCAGUCGGUGCAUCCGGAAUCACGCAUGCUGGACAUGCAUGACUCAGUCCCUGGCGUGCAAGUUCACCAUGCUCCUCCGCCUCCUGCGCCUGCUCCUAUUGUAGAGCAAAACCAGUUUAACCCGUCUUGGGGCUAUGAUCUCAAUUUGCUCUCUCAUGCCGCCAGCCAUGUAGCUCUGGAGAACCAGCAGGAAUUGGCUCUGGACUCUGUCCGGAAGCCGCCCCCCCAGGCUGCUCCACCGCCGCAAUUGCAGCCGCCAGUACAUGAAAAAAGCAUUGCAGACACAUACGGAGUCGAGCCGUCGAUCCUUGAUCUUGCUGACCUAGGUGAUCCUGUCCAGGAUUUCACCAUCUUUUUAGAGAGUGUCGGCAUGUCGUCCGACUGGGAUUCCGGCGUGUUCUCGUCAGUCGAGACAGACUCGCUGUUACCCAACACCCUUCCGUUUGAAUCAAAACCGCCAGUGCGGGAGUUUGCGCCCCAAAGAUUCAACAGUGACCUUUUGAGUGAACAACGGGCAGCAGCAGCAGAGGAAACCCCCUCUUUCUCAAACUUUGGCUCUCGACUCCCCUCUUUACAGCCCGAGCCUCAGGAAUCCGAGGAGCGCACGAGCUUGCUGGAUGAUCCUACAAAUCCGCGGCCUGCAUGGGACAUUUCAAAUGCAGAUAGACAGCUGUUUGUGAGCAGGCUGGAUGAAUUUGCGCAUGUUCUGCCUCGCGGCUUCAUACCUCCUUCAAGACACGCAUUAUCGCGCUUCAUUGCUGGUUACAUUAAUGGACUCAACGAACAUCUUCCAUUCAUCCACGUACCCACCCUUUCGAUCGUACGAAGUCCUCCAGAACUCACCCUAGCUCUGGCAGCGGCCGGUUCACAUUAUAGAUUCGAAAACACCCGGGGGGCCGAAUUAUUCCACGCCGCCAAAGCAGUUCUAUUUGAGCGUCUUCGCCGAAGAGACUCGAAACAAACUCCGAUGCCGACGUGGGAUAUUUAUGUACCGAGUUCACUCUCUCAAAGGAGCUCAAUCGCAUCGAAUACUCCAAGCAGCCCCUUUCAGGCACAUAAAUACCCCCUUCAACUCGACCAUAUGAACUAUGUGAUGGACGAGUCAGACGCCCACAUGGAGAUUAUCCGCACAUUUCUCCUGCUUACUGUCUUUGCCUCCUGGGAACGACAACCAGAACUCCUACGGGAAAUCCUUGCAUUGCAAAGCACUCUGGCCAGACUGGUUCGCGAACACGGCCUUUCAGAGCCGAUUCCAAUUCCUGACAACAGCCUCAGCUGGGACGACUGGGUCCGGCUAGAAGGGAAUAGACGCACAAAGCUAAUUGUUUACUGUUUCUUCAACCUGCAUUCCAUCAUGUACAACAUACCCCCUCUGAUACUAAACUCGGAGCUCAAGUUGAAGCUUCCUUGUUCUCACGAUGUUUGGAAGGCAAACAGUGCGGCUCAAUGGCGGCGCGUCUACCGUUCUCGCUAUGACUCGACGAUUACAUUUCAAGAGGCAUUCGCAAAGCUAUUCCUCAAGCCACCACCAUCAUACCCGCAUCCUAUAUCGCCCCUUGGGAAUUAUAUACUUAUCCAUGCCAUCAUACAGCAGAUUUUCUUCGCUCGUCAAUUAUGUCUCUCGGCCCCCCUCAUGCAGAGCCAUAGUCUCCGCCCCGAUGAUUCGUCAAUAAUGGACAAUGCCUUGAGUGCUUGGAAAGCAGGCUGGAAGCGAACGCCUGAAUCUAGUAUCGAUCCCCAAAAUCCCGCAGGUCCUAUUGCCUUCACCUCAACUGCACUUUUGGGACUGGCCUACAUACGGCUCCAUGUAGAUUUGGGCCCCUGUCGGCACUUGGUGACCCAGGACCCUUUGCAGAUUGCCAGGGCUUUGCAGGAAUCGCCACCCAUUGUACGCAGUCCAAAGCUUAUCAUGGCGCUUCUUCAUUCUGCCCACGCGCUGUCCAUUCCUGUCCGACUUGGUAUUGACUUUGUGGCGCGGACUCACUCUUUCUUUUGGAGCAUUCAACAUUCGCUGUGCAGCUUAGAGUGUGCAUUUCUCUUGAGCAGAUGGCUUAUGUCUAUUCCACUGACUCAGAAUGAGCAAAAGCUUUCCGAUCAUGAGCGGAAAUUGUUGCUGUGGAUCAAGAGCAUGAUGGACGAAACUGACAUGGCAGUGGCACCAUCAGAUGGGCUUGACCUAGACUUUAUCCAUGAUCCGAUCAAAGUCAAGCAACUCAGCGUUGCCGUGGUUCGUGUCUGGGCCCGGACGUUCAAGGGAAAUACGAGCUGGGCUAUUGUUGAUCUGGUUGGAUACAGUCUUGAAGCAUACGCAGACCUCUUGGAAGGUUGA